AUGACUCAGAGGAAAAUCGAUGAUCUAUUUUCUCUAACAACAUCAAAAUCGAAUAAACGUUCUCGUACGACACAAGUCGCAGCAAAUGAUCGCGACGAACUUGACGACUUGUUCGACACGGCGAGCUCGACAAAGCGCCGGCGUAGUAAUCUAAAACCGUCCACAGAUGUUUUCGAUUUCGAUACAGUAUCAAAAAUUCCGAAACCAAGUUCGUUGAAAAAGAAACGAAGCGAUGAGAAUCAAGUCAUAGACGAGCUUUUCAAUAACGACACGCGCAAGAAAAUUCGACGACCUAUCAAACAGGAAGAAGAAUCUACCGAUGUAUUGGACAUGUUCAAAACACGCACGAACGCAAACAUUCAUUCAGCUAUCACGACAACCGAUGAUUUUAAAACGCCAAGUACAUCGAAAGCGCUCACGACGCAGAAGAAAAUCAAGAUGUUCUUCGACGAUACUGAUCUCAUAUCUCUACGCGAACAGAACGAAACUAAAGACUACGCGCAUAUCAAACCAGUGUUAGUUACAAGUGGACAAUGGCUGUCUAAAGAAGCUGAAACAAAAUCGACCUGUAAACCAACUAAUUCAUCUGGCGAAAACGAUAUACCAGAUGAUCAACGCAAUCUAAUGCAUAUUCAAUAUGCUUCACUUGUUCUCGACGAUGAUGUAAAUAGUACGACUAAGAAGAAAAGUCAGGAAACGAAACGUUCAACUCAAAAACUUGCAGACGGAAAAUCAUUUCAAAAACAACUCGUUCUCUCCGAUUCUACCGUAGUACGAAAAGAACAUCUGCAAAGUUGUUAUAACGCUCUGCUAGAAGAUAUAAAUAAGCCACGACUGACAACAGCAUCAUCAUCUUCGACUAAACUAAAGAAAUUGUUCACUCCCACAUCUGCCCUCAACGAUCAUGAUGAUGACGAUGAUGAUCAAGUGGCUCAUGUCGAUUUUUUUGAUUUAUCAACUCGAAGAAAGAAAUUUUGA